UCUGCUGCAUGUCUGAUGUCCUUUCCACCACUGGAAGGCUGCCACCUGGAGCUCCCUUGGUCUGCAUACUAAUAUUGUUAUUAGCAUUCUCGCCAGCAGCUUUUGGAUUGUUGCCUUCUAUUCCCAUAACUUGUUCUCUGCCAUUGCUAUCACUGGUGUCCUCUGUCAGCUUCACCGUUUGCACCAUUGGUUUCAUUCUUCUUCCACUUCUCUUCUUCUUUACAGCUAAGUCAUACUUGCCAUCGAACACUCCGAAUGGACUGACGAGACUAAGAGCUGAAGAGCUUGUGCAUCUAAGAGGCACCGGACAAGGAGAGAGGAAGAACACAGAGAGGAUUUAUGACUAUGAUGUGUAUAAUGACCUUGGAAACCCUGAUAAGAGCGAAGAUUUGGCUCGACCAGUGCUUGGUGGCAAGCAACACCCUUACCCUAGACGUUGCAGAACAGGCCGCCCUCGCUGUGACAAAGAUGCAGAUUCGGAGAAAUUAGCAACGAGCACAAUCUACGUUCCCAGAGAUGAAGCCUUCUCAGACAUAAAAGAGAUGACAUUUUCUGCAAAGACACUUUACUCAGCCCUCCAUGCCUUAAUUCCAUACAUACAAACCUCCAUCGUCGACUCCGAUCUAGGCUUUCCAUUCUUCACGGCCAUAGAUUCCCUCUUUAACGAAGGAAUCAACUUGCCCCCACUCACUAAACAAGGCUUCUGGAAAACACUCGUCCCCAGAUUGGUCAAGGCCAUUGAGGAUAGCAGUGAGGAUGUGCUGCGUUUCGAAACCCCUGAAGCAAUGACCAGAGAUAAAUUUUUUUGGUUCAGGGAUGAGGAAUUUGCUCGACAAACUCUAGCUGGUCUCAACCCACUAUGCAUAAAAUUGGUCACGGAAUGGCCAUUGAAGAGCACACUGGACCCAGCAGUUUAUGGUCCACCAGAAUCAAAAAUCACCACAGAACUCCUUGAGCGAGAAAUCAAAGGCUUCAUGACUGUCGAUGAGGCCAUCAAACAAAAGAAGCUGUUCAUUCUAGAUUACCAUGACUUGAUGCUACCAUUUGUUCAGAAAGUGAGAACCUUAAAAAACACAACGCUUUAUGGAUCUCGCACAGUGUUUUUCCUCACCCCUGGUGGCACAUUGAGGCCUCUAGCCAUCGAGCUGGUUCGGCCUCCGAUGGAUGGGAAGCCCCAGUGGAAAGAAGUGUACACCCCCAGCUGGCACUCCACUGAUUGCUGGCUAUGGAGGCUGGCCAAAGCUCAAGUCCUCGCCAUUGAUUCCGGCUAUCACCAGCUUAUUAGUCAUUGGCUAAGAACUCAUUGUUGCACAGAGCCUUAUAUAAUUGCCACCAACAGGCAACUCAGUGUGAUGCACCCAAUCUAUAGAUUAUUGCACCCACAUUUCCGGUACACAAUGGAGAUCAAUGCCCUAGCUCGCCAAAAGCUAAUUAAUGCCGAUGGGAUAAUAGAAAGCUCUUUCUCACCUGGCAAAUUGUCCGCAGAGCUCGGCUCCGCUGUUUACGAUGCCGUCUGGCGUUUCGACCACGAGGCGCUGCCCCAGGACCUAAUCAGCAGGGGAAUGGCUGUUGAAGAUCCAAAUUCUCCAUAUGGCUUAAAGUUAACAAUUGAAGAUUACCCUUACGCCAACGAUGGACUUGUUCUCUGGGACGCAUUGAAACAAUGGGUGACCGAUUAUGUUAACCACUACUAUCCUGAUCCAAAACUCGUCGCCUCCGAUGAAGAGCUCCAAGCAUGGUGGAGUGAAAUAAAAAACGUGGGGCAUGGAGAUAAAAAGGAUGCUCCAUGGUGGCCUGAGCUCAAAACUCCGAAAGAUUUAAUCGAAAUCGUGACAACCAUCACCUGGGUGGCCUCCGGUCAUCACGCUGCCGUGAACUUCGGGCAGUAUCCAUACGCCGGCUACUUCCCAAAUAGGCCGACCGUCGCCAGAAUCAACAUGCCCACAGAAGACAACUCCGAGGAGGGCUGGAAAUUCUUAAUGGAGAAGCCUGAAGUUGUGCUGUUGAGAUGUUUUCCUUCUCAGGUGCAGGCGGCAACGGUGAUGACGGUGCUGGAUGUGCUCUCGAAUCACUCUCCGGACGAGGAGUAUUUGGGAGAGCUGGCGGAGCCGGCGUGGGAGGAGGACCCAGUUGUGAAAAGCGCUUUUGAGAAGUUUAAUGGGAGGUUGAAGGAGUUGGAGGGAAUUGUUGAUGAGAGGAACGCGAACAAGGAGCUGAAGAACAGGAAUGGAGCUGGGAUUAUGCCUUAUGAGUUGUUGAAGCCGUUUUCCGAUUCUGGUGUCACCGGAAAAGGAGUUCCAUAUAGCAUUUCUAUCUAGAGUUGAGUUGAAAGGAAAAACCACUGGAAGAGGAACAGCCGAUGUGUUUAAUUUGUAUGCAAUAUAUUAUUAUUUAAUAA